AUGAAGAAAGCGGGCCGCCUGGAGGCCAGGAAGAGGCUCGCGCUGAAGGCCCAGGCCGCGCCGCAGGACGCCGCCGAGGGCGGGGCGGACGCCUUCGACGCGUCGCGCCGCCGGAGCUCGUCGCCGCCGAAGGCGAAGAAGAUGUCCUUGGCCAAGACUGCCAUGGCACGAGUGUCCUCGGAGAAGAACAUGCAGGGUGGCGACGCAGGUUUCGACCACCUCGAGGUCGAGUGCGAGGUCGACCGCUUCAACCUGUGCAACGAGCUGCUGGAGCAAGCGCGACUGAG